UGUACAUAAAUACCUGAAGCAGUGUUUUGAUUCAGUCGUUAUACUUUAAACUUUUUCACAAAUGACUGACGUGUUACAAAUUUGUAUGCACAUAAACUUAGCUAUAAUUUGGUAUGAGUUUAUUUUAAAACCUUAAUCCAGUCUUUAACAAGUAAUGUGAAAAACUUUUUGUAUUAAGAAUGUUUAGUUGUCAAAAUAAGGUAGCUAUUGUAACUGGGGGCGCAAGUGGCAUAGGAGCUAAUAUUGUUCUGGAGUUCUUGAAGGAAAAUAUAAAGCAUGUAGCUAUUAUUGACGUCGAUGUAGAUUCUGGUAUGAGAUUACAAGACUCAAUUGAUGUGAAAUAUGGAAAAGGUAAAGCUACAUUCUAUAAAUGUGACGUCACAAACGAAGUUCAACUACAAGAAGUUUUUUGUAACGUUAUCGAAAAGUAUGAAAGCGUCGACAUAGUAGUUAAUAAUGCUGGUGUUGCUGAUGAUUCUCCAAAAAUGUACAAACGGACAAUAGAAAUUAAUUUUACCGCACUCGUUGCUACAACCAUAAUGGCGUUAGAUCAUAUGCGUGUUGACAAAGGUGGAAAGGGUGGUACUAUCAUUAAUAUUUCUUCCAUAACAGCACUUGACCCAAGUAUCUCAGCAGUACACAUUUACUCAUCGACUAAAGCCGCUGUGAUACAUUUCAGUACUCGUUUGGGUAUGGAUCCUCAAUACUCACACACAAAUGUUCGAGUACUUACUGUAUGUUUUGGAGCUACAGAUACACAAAUUAUGAAAAAAUGUGCAGGUUUUGAUUAUAUUACCGAUGGAAAAAUAAAUGAAGCCCGUGACAUUUUAAAAACCCAAAAUUUACUUCAAUGUUCUUCUGUGGCCGCAAGUUUCAUUGUAGAUAUUUUUCAAAAGGGGAAGAGUGCUGACGUAUGGCUAGUUCAGAAUGGCGAAGUUACUGAUGUCACGGAUACAUUAAAAGAAGCUAAUGCAAAUAUUAGAGAAAUUGUAGGAUUUAGAACAUAAAAAGAAUUUUAUUUUGUCUUUAUCGGUACGAUGAUUUCAUAAAAAUUGUAGUUAACUUGUACUGCUUAAAAUAUCACGUUUGAUUUAAUUAAAUAUUUAGUAUUGGAGCUGUUUAAAAUCUGAAGAUAUGAAAUGUAUAAAAUGUGUCAAAAAAAUUGUUAAAACAAAAGAUAUGGGAACCAGCCGUCAGGGACAUCUUCAGUUUGCAUCAAGGAAUUUAUACACACAUACUGUUGAGAUUUGAUCAUACAACUACACGGAAUUUGAGGAUAAAUAGCCUUGAUAUAAAUGUC